AUGUUUAGUGAGGCGAGUCAAAGUUUGGGUUCACAAGUCAAAUCCAACUCAGAGUUCAGACGCAUCAAGACUACGACCGAAACAUAUAUUCAUGGUGAGACACCUUUAACAACCCUUAUUAACCUCUACUCUCACAGCUGCUUCAACACAAAACCCAAGAAAAAAAAUAAGAACAUGCCAGCCCAGGAUGACGAGGAGCAGGGCCAGGUAUUCUUUGAUGAAUCCGACAUAAUCCACGAAGUUGAUGUCGACGAAGAAGAUCUUCCUGAUGCUGACGAUGAGGAUGAUAUUGAAAAUAUUGAGGAUCCAGAUGAUUCUAUUCACAUAUUCACUGGCCAUACGGGUGAACUUUAUGCAGUUGCCUGUAGCCCAACAGAUCCAGUGUUAGUGGCUACUGGGGGUGGAGAUGAUAAGGGGUUCCUUUGGAAGAUAGGUCAUGCUGAUUGGGCUUCUGAGCUCCAAGGCCAUACCGAUUCAGUCUCUACUUUAGCCUUUAGCAGUGAUGGACAACUACUUGCAUCUGGAGGUUUUGACGGACUUGUUAAAGUUUGGGAUACCUUUGGAAAUUUCAAACGCACACUUGAGGGUCCUGGAGGUGGCAUUGAGUGGAUUAGGUGGCACCCAAAAGGUCAUCUGAUCUUAGCCGGAUCUGAGGAUUGCACUGCUUGGAUGUGGAAUGCUGAUAAUGGGAACUGUCUUAAUGUAUUCUCAGGCCAUGAUGCCAUUGUGACCUGUGGUGAUUUUACCCCUGAUGGCAAAACAAUAUGUACUGGUUCUGAAGAUGCUACAUUGAGGAUCUGGAAUCCAAAAAGUGGUGAAAGCAUUCAUGUUGUAAGAGGUCAUCCAUAUCAUACAGAAGGACUGACGUGCUUGUCUAUAAGUUCUGAUUCAACUUUAGCUAUUACUGGUUCUAAGGAUGGCUCUGUUCACAUUGUGAAUAUCACAACUGGGAAGGUUGUUAGUUCUUGCUCUUCUCAGACAGGUUCAACUGAUGGCAAUCCGGAGUCAAUUGAAUGUGUUUUGUUUGCACCAAACUUUCCUUGGGCUGUUUUCGGUGGCAUGGAUCAAAACCUUACAAUUUGGGAUCUACAAAACUCAUCACCACGUUUCAUAUGUAACCACGAGGAAGGAGUGACAUGCUUAGCUUGGCUUGGAGCAUCUAAAUUCUUGGCUACUGGGUGUUGUGAUGGGAGAAUAUGCAUAUGGAAUUGUCUCUCCGGGGAAUGCAUCGAAACCUUCAAAGGGCAUGAACAUGCCAUCCAAUCUCUCGCUGUAUCUUCAAAUCUGGAGUUCCUUGUUUCUGUUUCCAUGGACGGCACUGCUCGUGUAUUUGCAAUCCGAGAUUUCUGUUAGUUCCGAGACCCUCAUGCGGUGACUUAUUGUAUAGUUGCUCAGAAGCAUGUAUACCCAAAUACUUGUUUUGCUGUAAUUUCUCUUUAAGUUGGACAGUAAACAUUUACAAAGAAUUAUCCCCCAAAUGUAUUGCAUUUAUGGCUGCAUCUUUUCCAUCCGACUGAAUAUUUUUAACUUCUUUCAUGUACCACUCCCGAUGAUUUUGUAAAUAUUAAUAUGGAUGAAGUGAAAUCCAAACUUUUCACUGGGGUUAAUUCAA